UCGAAACGGCAAGACUCGAAGGUCAGUGGACGAGCCAAUCAAACUCGAAGAGCAUUUUGCAUCACGAGCCUAAAGUUCGACAUCGUUGACAGCGCAGCCGAUUCAACGCUUGAUCGUGUCUACUCGCCUUGUUGUCGACGGCCAGCAAGUCACUUUGCACUUGACCUCGUUGUCCAUGCACCUCUUUUCCAAGCCAUCACGGUCGUGGGUGGCGCACUUGGCAUGGCUUCCGCAAUACAACUUUCGUCGUGAUUUCAAGUUUGACUUCAUUGCUGGCAUCACCGUGGCCAUGAUGAUCGUGCCGCAAGAGAUCUCUCUCGCCAACAUCAUGCAUGUCCCUCCGCAGUACGGCUUGUACACUGCCGCCUUGACGCCGGUACUGUACGCGCUCUUUGGCUCGUCCCGCGUGCUCUCGGUGGCCAACGGGGCCGAAGUCAGUCUCAUGGUCGGCGCGGCGCUGCAAAACAUCAAGACGGACCAAGAACGGGUGGCCGUGGGGAUCUUUUUGUCGUUUUACAUUGGUCUGAUCAACUUGACGCUGGGGUGUCUGCAGCUGGGCGUGAUUGCCGACUUCUUCUCGCGGCCAGUCAUGGGCGGGUUCCUCUCUGGAGGCGGCGUGCUCAUCAUGAUCUCCCAGCUCGGGUCGUGGUUCCAGCUGACCCUGCCGUCGACAUCGUAUCCACUUGAAACGGUGGUGAACCUGUGUCGCCAGAUCCGCGACUGCAACACCAACUCGGUGGUCGUGGGGGCCGUCUCGAUCGUUGUGCUUUCAGUGAUGAAGUACGCCAAGCAGCAUUGGAUUCCCAACCCAAGCCUAACGCAAUUGUUUGACGAACCCCUUGUGGUGGAUGUCACCGCCAUGUCCAACCAGAACGACAUGAACGCCGCGUUAGUUCAAACCCCCACCGAAGGGGCACAACACCCGACUUGGGGUUUCUCGUUGGACGACCAAGAGUACGCGUCGUUGGAACCGGUGCCUCCUAUGAUAAAGUCCAACUCGACGGUCAAACACAAGUCGCGCCAAGUGCUGUUUUUUGUCCUCCGCACGAUAUGCGACCUGGGACCGUUGGUCAUUUGCUUGUUUGGGAUUGUGGUCGGGCGAGCGGUAGGGGAAAAGCAAAUCAAAGUGACAGGACACGUACCCAAAGGGUUCCCGUCGCCCAAGUUUCCUUGGUAUGGAUACACUGGCGAUAUUAUCAAGUCGGUCGACUUCUCCGACGUGACGGUCAACGCGCUAUCGAUUGCGUUGAUAGUGUACAUGACGAGCAUUGCUAUGGCCAAACGAUUGGCACUUCGCGACGGGUACGAAGUGAGCCCGACGAACGAAUUCAUUGGGCUCGGCAUGGCCAGUGCCAUUGGCUCGUUCUUUCAGGUGAUGCCCCCCACAGGAGGCAUGUCCCGCACGGCAGUUAACAUGCAGAGCGCCCGUACGCAACUGGCGUCCGUGAUCACCGUGACGCUGGUCAUCCUGGUCUUGAUGGUCGGUACGGAUUCACUUUACUUUUUGCCCAAAGCCAGCUUGGCCGCAAUUAUCAUCGUGGCUGGCUUCUGGCUGAUUGAGAUGGACGAAGCCAAGUGGCUGUAUCGCUCCAAGCGCGACGAAUUCUACGUGUGGCUGGCGUCCUUCUUGGCGACCAUUGGGCUAGGAAUUCUAGCUGGGCUUGGCGCGUCGAUUGUGUGCUCGCUUGUGGCGCUCAUGAUCAAGACCAAACGACCUCUUGUGUAUGCGCUAGGUCGAUCGGGAGAUUUGUACGUGAAUGCGCAAGAGAACCCCGACGCAACCACUGAGCUCGACACGAUUGUCAUGCGCGUGGAAGGGUCGCUGUACUUUGGCAACAGCGAGUAUGCGAUGCAAGUGAUUUUGGCCCAAGUGGUGCUCCAAGACAAGGUCCGCGCCAUCGUUAUCGACGCCACGUACAUCCACGAUAUGGACGCGACUACAUUGCAAAUUAUGGACACGAUUCUGCUCAAGCUGAGCCCGAUUAAGCUCGCGUUUGCCAACGCCCAACCCCACUUGGCGCAUGUGAUUAAAGUCAGCGGCCUCACCGACAAGCUGUCGGUGCCCGAAGUGACCGAGUCCAUCGACCACACCAUCGCUCGUCUGCGUGCGCUGGAAGUCCCAGGCGUUGCGUUUUAGGGCAUUUCACGCUAUCAAUCGACUUGCAUGAUAAUUUGAAUAUAAUAUACAUAUUGCAUACGUAACUCC